AUGAGUUUCCUGAGCAGGUUCAAGUCGAAUUCCACUCCGGCCAGUCCCACGACUGCCGCACCCGCGAAGAAGGACCCCAAUGCGCCCCAGCCCACGCCGCUCGAGCGCCUGCUCGCCGCAGACACGGGCCCCAUCCGCCCUGAUGGCAGCGACAAGUUCUUCGGUUUUGAGAAUUUUGGAAGCACAUGCUACUGUAACUCGAUAAUACAAUGCCUCUACUAUUCGGUUCCCUUCCGGGACCAGGUCAUCAAUUUUCCGGCCCGGUCGCCGCAAGACGUUCUUUUAAACCGCACCGCCAACGGUCUUCCGCGCAUAAACACCGCCAUGGCGGUGUCAGCCGCCAACGGCACCGGCCAGCCUUUUUCUCCGGCCAGAGGAAAUAUGACGUCUCCCGGCGCAACUGCAUCACCGAAGAAACCGGCUGUGGCGUCAGGCCCUACCGGCAUGACAGGCAUGAGGCCGGAAGAGAAUAAGGACUCGCCAGAGUAUAAAAAGAAACAGGCUAUGGCCGCUGGCCCCGUGUUGAGCAUGGAUUAUGAGAAUGCCGAGAGUUACGGUAUGUCGGAGUCGCUGUUCACGUCGCUCAAAGACAUCUUCGAGGCCAUCAUCUCGCACCGGUCACGGGUAGGCGUGGUGAGCCCGCAAAAGUUCCUGGAGACGUUGAGGCGCGAGAACGAAAUGUUCCGGACGGCCAUGCAUCAGGAUGCACACGAGUUCUUGAACCUCCUAUUAAACGAGGUCGUGGAAAAUGUCGAGCAGUUCUCGAAGCAACAGGCUCAGCUGGAGUCGGAUAAGGGCGCUGGAGAGGCAGACUCAGCACUCGCCCUUGGCAUAAACUCGGUUACCAAUUCGAGCUUGGCGAAGAGUGCCCAAGGCUCCGUGAACAAUACUGGAUGGGUACAUUCGUUGUUUGAGGGAACGCUUACUUCAGAAACCAGGUGCUUAACGUGUGAGAACAUUUCUCAAAGAGAUGAGGUGUUUCUCGACCUUUCGGUGGAUUUGGAGCAGCACUCAUCAGUAACAUCGUGUUUGAAGAAGUUUUCUGAGGAAGAAAUGCUUUGCGAGCGCAACAAGUUCCACUGCGAUAACUGCGGAGGAUUGCAAGAGGCGGAAAAGCGCAUGAAGAUCAAGCGGCUACCUCGGAUAUUGGGCAUCCACCUAAAGAGAUUCAAGUAUACGGAAGACCUACAACGGUUACAAAAGCUCUUUCACAGAGUCGUCUAUCCCUAUUACCUUCGGCUCUUCAAUACGACCGACGAUGCCGAGGACCCGGACCGGUUAUACGAGCUCUACGCCGUCGUCGUCCAUAUAGGUGGCGGCCCCUAUCAUGGCCAUUACGUCUCCAUCAUCAAGACGCAGGACCGUGGCUGGUUGCUGUUUGACGACGAGAUGGUCGAGCCGGUUGACAAGAGCUACGUGCGCAACUUUUUCGGCGGCGACAACGUGCUAGCUUGUGCAUACGUGCUUUUCUACCAAGAGACUACCGAGGAGGCUAUGCGUAAGGAGCAGGAAUCGGAAGGACUGGACGCGAGCGCCGCUGCGGCCCAAGCCGCUAGCGAGACGGUAGGCGUCAGGGCCGACGACGUAUUUUCGAAUGGAUAUGCGCCCUUCAGCCCCGUCACGCCUGUGCCUGAAGAAAGGGUACCGGAAAUUUUUAACCUUGACCAAGUGGCGACGGCACCACCAACGGCGUCCCCUCAAACACCGCAGCAGGCAUGGGCUCCUGAAUCUGCUCCGCCAGCGGUGGGUACACCAAAAACGCAGAGCAAGUGGACUGGGUUGCGGCGUAACAGUCGAGCGCCAGACCCGGAGAAACAGGCUGAGAAAGACCGCAAGGCGGCAGAAAAAGAACAGGAGAAACAGGCGGAGAAAGACCGCAAGGCGGCAGAAAAGGAACAGGAGAAACAGGCUAAGGCGACGCGUCGCGCAACCUCCAAGAAGAAUGAUGACGAUUUAAAGGCUGCUAUCGCGGCGAGCAAAGCCUCCGCCAAGGAGGAAAACACGAACCGCCUGCGAGGCGGAACUGUUGGCAGCAAGGCUAGUAGAGACAGUCGCACCGAUGACGAGGCUGCCGCCACUCCAACCGCUGCCGGUUACAACCACAACCAUUUCAACAACAACUACAGUAACAGCGCACCUGCCCCUCCCGGUACAGCCAGCACCACGAGCACGAAAGCUCCAAGUUGGACCGCCACAAUGCCGCCACCCCCAGCUCCGCCUUCAGCACCCGCGUCGACGCCCUCAUUCCCGGCUGCCCCCUCACCGGCCAUGCCCAUCGCCGGGGCUCCUGCGCGUGAGAAUGGCCACACCACGAGCAAGAGCUUGGGUAGCAGCGGGGGAAGCAGCACAACGGGCGGCGGGAGCGGUUUCAGCCGCUUCCGGCACGGCAGCAUCAGCAUGCGGGGGAAGCGGUUCUUGACCGGAGGUGGGAAUAACAGUGGGGCUAAAGACGGCGGAGGCGUGGCGGAGGAGUCGGAGGCGGAGGCGGGCGUAAAUGGUGUUAAUUCGGGGCUGAUGUCGCCGACUAUGGCGUCACCGCGUACUCCGACGAUGGAGAGUAGUGUGGGGAGUUUGGCGAGCUUGGGGAGUGGUGGAGGAACACCGAAGAAGAAGGAGUCGAGGUUCUCGUUGGGGAGGAAGAAGAGCAGCAUGUUGUGGGGAGGGGAUAAAUAA